AUGAACUCGCCCGGCAUCAGAAAGAAGGUCUCCAGCAAUCUCACCACGCCCGUCCCCUGCUUCCUCGGCCCGCGCUUCCCCAGCUAUGACUCCGAAGACAAGGCCGUUCGAGUCUGCGACCAUGAGGGCCGAAUGCGAGAGUAUCAGAAACUUAUCUCCACAGGCUUAGCCUGCUUGGACGCCGCUGUGCAGACGAACAAACUUGCGCCACGCCAAGAAGCGAAGGCGAGACUCAGAUAUGCAUCAAUAUUGUACGAGGAGACGGAAAAUCUGCAGGAGGCAGAAACCACUUUGUUUCAAGGAAUAAAGCUCUGUGAGAAGCAUCGUUAUACAGAUCUGAAAUACUGUAUGCAGUAUGCUGCGUUGAAAGUCCUGUUCCAGAGGAACCACAAGGCAGCCUUUAUUGCAAUUGACAAGCAGAUUGCAGAGUGUCAAACAUUCAAGCACUACCCCUGGUUGUAUGCUUUUCGACUUCUCAAGACGACGUUGCAAACGUAUGCCGGCAACGCGCCCGAUGCCAACCAUUUCGACAACCUUCAAAUGCUGGGAACCUUCGCUUACGAGAGGGGUGACAACGCUAUUGGAGUGUUGGCCUCAUUACUCGAGGGCCUCGCUCAUCUGCGAGUUAUGAAGUCUGACAGUGUCGAAAGGGUUCAGACAUGUCUUGCGCAAGCAGCCAUGUAUCAGUUGGAUCCUACUGUCAAGGUACCCCAACUCGAUAUCUUGACACUGCUGCUGGACCUCGCUUGCAGUAUGCAUCAGAAGAAUCCAGACACUCUGGUGCAGAAAUUGUCCGCACUAGAGUCAAGGUUAGACCAAACGAUCAGCUCUCAGGACUGGACAGAUGACGCCACAGAGGUCUGUGUUCCUAUGAAGAAGCAGCCCUCAUCUUCCCUCAUCGUCAGCGAGGACACAACUGCGAUUCUCCGUCCCGGGAAAGAUGACGAGGGAACUGAUCUAGUGGUUCUAUCGUUCCUGUCGAAACAAGAACUCUUCGCAUUGGUCCACGCUUUUGGGGGGCUUGCGAACAUGUAUAGGCCCGCAUCGCGAGAGCAAGUAGGCAAGAUGAAGAGCCUCCAGCGAUGGGCGGCCGGGCUGGAGACCGUGCAACAUGUCUCUACGCAACACAUGUUGGGAAACCGCGCCUUGACGACCGUUUCGCUGCAUGAAUCCAUCAGACAGACCAAGUGGCGAACAGAGAUCUUCUGUUACUUGCAGCUGCUGAUUGGUCUGUACAAUGCGACUCAGAGCAAAUGGAAGCUCGUAGACCAAAGUGUCUCGAAACUCCAGAAAGCGGCCACGCCUGCGGUCAAUGAGAUUUUUACACUCUUCACACUAUAUCUGACAGGUGUCUAUUAUCAAGGCACCGGCGAGUUCGAAACAGCACUCACCAUCUAUGAGGAUCCGCGGUUGCAGAUCCCCUCUGGACCGGAUGGUCCUGAGAGUAGAAAGCCAGCAGAGCUAGAAGUCUGCAUACUGGCCGCGAUGAGUCGGCUAUGGAUCCUCCAAGACCCGGGGUUCCAAGAUGAGCAGACCACAAAUAAACUCUUGGAAAGCAUACAACCGCUAUGCACGACACAUCCCGACUCGGAGUUCCGCACUGCCUUCAGUCUCGUCCAGGUCACGACUCAGCCAGACCUGGAGAUGAACAUUGUGAAACAGAACAUCCAAUCCGCGCUUAACGGAGCGCAAAGGACGAACAACACUCACUGCCUCGCAAUAGCGUUGACGAUCAUGCGUUGUCGUCUCUUCGAGAACGUGGUGGUGAGCAAGCGUUGA